GUGGACUACCAUCUAAAUAUUCUAACGGUAUGGGAGAGUUGUAAUGGCUGUAGAAUUUUCAUAGUUUAAUUCACGAAUUGACCUUAGUUAGACCACUUUUGAAAAUCUGGGAGAACCAGAAUAUUGUUUCCUCCUGGUGUGAGGCUCCACAGGAUUACGUAUGUCAACGACCCUGAAUCACAGAAUCGAAUGCAAAACAUUUAAUCUCACGCUAACGUUUAACUUCUAGACCACUGAACCAGAAUCUAACAGUGCCAAUGUCUAAUUUAAAUCAAUCACGAUGUUGCACGAUCAUCUUCCAUUGUCUUCGGUAAGUAACUGCCUCACAAUCGACAGUUUAGUCCUACUCGUCCGAACAUGUAGCCAUGUUUCAGAUAAACAUGCAUGGACGUCACAAUUCCUGAUAAACUGAAUGAAAUCCAACGAAUUAAAAUUGAGAUCGGUCUCCAACCAGGUAGCUCAUUUGACGAAUUACCAAAGAUAAAUUGUUGCUUUGAUCCAUCUAAAUCUGCUUUUCUCAGUUCACUUGUUCGUAUAGAGCAGGCUUUAUUGGACACUCAGAGUGUGAAUUUACCAAACGGUUGUCCGAGCACUGCCCCACAUAGCUAUCGAAAGGCUAAUACAAGUCAGUCAAUCUUUAAACAUAUAAUCAACUUGUCAACAUGCACCCAUGACAAUCAUCCUUCAAGAUUGUUUUAAACGUGAACAGAACCGUUUGAAAUGAGGUAUGGGCCGGAAAUUCGUGUGCUGCUAAACCUAUCACGAUUCAUCAAUUCCAACCUGACCUCUGUGCACCAAAGAUUUGUUGUCAAUCUUUUACCCUACCAUGGUCCUAGAACCCAUUCUAAUUUUACAGAUCAUUAGUGUCAAUCAUUAACUCCUUCUUCAUUCUUAUAUAUUCGUACAAUAGACAACUGUGUUUUACAUUUUCUCAAUAAAUUAUUAUUUCUUAUAAUCUCGAAGACUAUUUCAACUUACAUCCAAUACCUAAAGCUGACGAUUUUUUCUGAUUACUUGGUCAAAUGGUUCAACAAGUCUGUUUUAUCAUAGACUAUUAUUUUUGUUACUUGAAAACGAUUGAUAAUUUUUAAUUACUUCAUUAUAUGACGCAACACACCUCUAUUAUAUUAUAGACUAAUUAAUAAUACAAUUAUGUCGUUUAAGCAAGUGACUUAAUCGAAAACAAAAUUAUCAUCAUAUUGCUGAAUGACACAACAGGUUUUUUCUUCAUUUUUGUAAAAGGUUGUGUUAAUCUUAUUCAAAUAGGAACAGUUGUUUUUUUUUAUCAAAACCGAUAGGCAAAGGUCACAUGCACGUAGUAAUUUGAGAAUGUACAAUAAAUAGAUCAGUUUGCAUGUAAAGAUUACGAAUCACAUGCAACGUGAUUCUUCAUCA